AUGUACGAAACAUUUUACGAAAAAAUGUACCUAAAAACAACAAUGAAAUCGGAGACUCUGAGGGAUAAAAAUCGCCAGAUCGUUGCGAUUAAUCGGGCGAAUAGUCGCUCGAAAAUGUUCCACCAGAACCGCUCCAUUGGCGAGGAGCUGCCUGAUCUGAAGAUGGAGAAGGGAGCUCACCAGAAGCAUCGCGAUCAGCGACUCGUCCACUUGAGGGAACAGAGGGCAAAGGUGAAGCUUCGAGCGCGGCUAAUCCAAGGAAUGUCGGUGGGCGAACAAGCCGUGGCGUUUGCUUUUAGAAGCGAGACAUUCAAGCCGCCCAGUAAUCUAGACAUGAAUGUCCCUUUAGAGAAAUAUUUUCUGGACUUACGUAUUUAAAUUUAUAUAUUUUAUAGAAAAUAGUCCAAGUUGGUGUCGCAAGGACUU